CCGUGGCAAUGCCACGUGCGUACUGGCGCGGGUUCGAUCAUCGCCUGCUAACCUCAGCGGUGAUUUUGAUUCAGCCCUCGGAAUCCGAGUUUGGCUACAUCUGGGAGAGGAUCCAAGUGGCCGGUAAAUCCGACUACGACAUGGAGAUCCUGAAUGAUCUGUACCAGGAUAGUGCGAUGGUCCUGCCGCACCGUCCUUAUAUCCUCUUGACCGGCGAGUUUCGAUCCAAAACUCACGCGAAUUACCUCGGCGCCCCGCACACCAGAUGGAACCCUGAUUUGGUCUUGUCAGAGGCCAAGUUCCUGCAUUUCUCGGAUUGGCCGGUCUCCAAGGCAAGUUUUGCACAACUGAUCUAUCCAACUGAUUUUUCUCCUGUUGUUGUGUGUUCUUACUGACAUCGAUUGAUC